AUGUCAAUCCUUAUGAGAUUAUGGGGAGGUUCCUUGGCUGCAUCGCGAUUCUCGAUCUGCUGGAUAGCAUUCUUUGCCACGGACUCUGAGAAAUGGCCUUCUUCGACUAGCUCAUUGAGGCCUCUUUUCAAGGGUGGUGGUCUCUUCAGACGUUUUGGCAGCGAUUCGAUCGUCAUCCUAGAGCACAUGGCUUUCCGUGAUAACGAAGACCUUUACCAGAGUCUGGUUGAGGCUAUGGUCAGCUCACGGUAUAGGUCGUGCUCGAUUAGCAAGCCCUUCUUGAAUGCAUAG